AUGGAUUCCAUUGAAUGGACCGAAACGACUCGUGGUGCAAAAGCAUUUAUAUAUAAAAAUCAAAAAUACAGAAAACGAUGCUCAAAUAAGGAUGGUUCUGAAAUAUGGAUCUGUUGUAAUAAAUCUUGCGGCGUAUCAAUGGUUUUACUUGGUAAUAUUAUUAAACGAUAUCCACAAGAACAUUUACAUGAAGAACUUCAGCAUACAUCUGAAAUCAGAACUUUAUUGGAAAAUAUAUAUAAGGAAACAACAGCUGAUUUAUUGAAACCUGUAACCGAAAUUUAUCAACACCAUUUAAUACAACAUAAAAGAAAGAAUGGAUUAGCUGAUGAUGUGCCUAUUUUCAAUUACAUAAGAUCUACGGCUUAUCGUCGUAGAUCGGCAGUUCUUCCACCAAUUCCAAAAACAUUAGAAGACAUUGUCAUACCUGACAGUUUAAAACUUCUCGAAAAUGGUAAACCAUUUGUUAUAUUCGAUAAUCCGGCACCACAUCGUCUCAUAACAUUAUGUUCUCCAAAAGCAUUAACAUCACUUAGUCAAUGUGUUCACUGGUUAGCUGAUGGUACAUUUCGAAGUGCACCACAGAAAUUUCUUCAAUCAUAUUCAAUUCAUGGUCGUACAGAUUGGGGUAUUCAUCCAUUUGUUCAUGUUGCAAUGUGUGAACGUAAACAAGAACAAUAUGAAUUAGUUUUUCAAGGUUUACUCGAUUUUGGGAAUCAAAAUAACAUUAAAUUAGAACCUAUAAGUAUCAUGUUGGAUUUCGAACUAGCUGCAUCAAAUGCGUUUUUAUCGGUUUUCAAAAGAAGUUCUGUUCUGUAUUGUCAUUUUCAUUAUUGUCGAUCAGUAUGGCGUAAAGUUCAGAAACUUGGCCUUAUCAAAUUUUUUCAAGAAAAAAGCACUAAACGAGAAUUAGCAAAUUUAUUUGGACUUCCUCUUGUACCAUUAACACAUGUUUAUGAUGCCUUUGAAAGUAUUGCUUCAACAUUGCUUCGAUUUACAAGUAGUAUUGAAGAAUUUCUUCAAUAUUUUUCAAACACAUAUUUACAUGGAAAUAAAUUUCCACCAACACGUUGGAAUCAUUUUGCUUCUAUUGGAUUUACAGAUCGAACAAAUAAUGCUCUUGAAGGUCAUCAUCGUUCAAUAAAUGCAACAAUUUUCAAACCAUAUAUUGACGUUAGUUUUUUUGUUAAUAGACGUACCGCACCUCAUCCAAAUAUUUGGAGAUAUAUACUAUUAAAACGUGAACUUGAUGAAAGAACUAUGAUAUCCGUAUCUCAAGAGAUAAAACAAAAACGUCCUACGAAAGUUCAGCGAAAAGUAUAUCGUGAUCGUGAUAAUUAUUUAAUCGAGGCAAAAGAACUCAUUCUUAAUAAAAAAAUUGAUUUUACAGAAUAUGAACGACGUAUUAGAAGUUUGACCUAUGGUUACAUAAAAUACCAUGUAGACAAUGAUGAUUGUGAUUUUGAGAAUGACGUAUAA